ACUAAGACUAGUUAAGGAAUGCCUUUCGACAGAUGAAGAUCAGCAGGCUGCAGCACUGAAAUACGAAAGCAAUGAAAUCACAAGAAGACAAAGAGGAAAAAAAUCUGCUCCAGUCUGCCCAGGUCAAUGCAUACAGAGUAGCCUAGCCUGCAUACAGCGUAUGGCCACAGACGCAAGAAAUUUAUAAUAUGUAAUCCAUAUCAGCAAAAUGGAUAUAAAGUACAGCUGAUUCUGUUCAAGAUGGUACAUUACGAAUUAGCCCGUAAUAUUUUAUAGUUGUUGCCGUACAGAAUUAAAGUCCAAACAGCUGUUACUGAGCUGCGUCCUAAAACCAAAAGAUACAGGGUUUGAUUCCUCCUACCUCUUUCAGCCUGCUGUGUGACUCUAAUCAAGUCACUGAAACAGACAAUGCUCCCGGGCAGAGACUGAAACCAUGGGGGUCCGUCUUCACAGUUUAACAAAUAUAUAAACUGCAGCACUAGAAAAUGUUUAAGGAAAAAAUAAAGAGAAAAUAUUCCCUACGAAUCUGUAUUCUGUUUGUCGUUCUGCUCAUCAGUGUCGAAAUCUGUGUACAAUACAAACCUUACUGGUCACUGAAACGACUGAAGUACAUUAAUCAAAUCGUUGACUGGUCACGUAAAGUAAGUAGUAAUACCCUAGUGGAUGCGGAAAUUAAUGUGGGGCUGCAAAAACAGAAUACGGUGCACAGACAGCAAGACCCCGUAAGAAUGGGGUCACGCGGAGACCCUUGGCUACAUCCCACCCCGGGUAUUGGGGUUAUCGUCCCACCAACUAGCGCGAGCUCGGUGACCUCUCAGCAGCAUUUACAAGGACGGCGGGAGAGGCAACAAGAACCUCGACGCCACAAAAAGGCUUUACGGUGGCAUAUAGACUUACAGCCCUGGGCCAGCAGUGAUCAUUCAUUUGAACAAGAGGCCCUGAGGUUCCUAGAUUAUAUUACAACACCUCAGAUUGGUUGUGAGAACAAGAAUCAUAGAGGCUUGCUUGCUACAUCAGAGGCUUCACUAAAGUCGUGGGCCAUCUGCCUGGAUGACAGGUUCAGCCUAACUCAUCGUAUCAAGGCCAGACAAUGUCGGGUAUAUUCUCUGGGACUGGGUAGCGAUGACAGUGGAUUUGAAGGGAGCCUAGUAGAAAAAGGAUGUGAAAUUCAUCACUUUGAUCCCAGUAUUAAACAAUCCCACAUUCAAGAGAGAAAAAACCUUUGGCACCAUCGCCUUUCAGUUGACUGGAGGGAUCCAAAUCCAGCAAUUGCUGCCAGGGAUCUGCAGGGCAACAGGAAGAAACUUGGAACCAUAAUGAGGGAAUUUGGGCACAGAAAGAUUGACAUCCUGAAAGCUGAUGUGGAAAGUGCUGAAUGGAAGAUAAUGGAAAACAUGAUCCUGGAGAACGUUAUAGAAAACAUUGGACAAUUAAUCAUUGAAGUGCACCUUCACUGGCCUGGCUUUGAGGUCAGUGGUGAUGACAGCAGUGUAGUUCGAUACUGGUACAGCCUCCUCAGGGAACUUGAAAUGAAGGAAUUCAGGCUUUUCUGCACUUAUAAAGAUUUAACAAAGCCACAGAUUUUCCUGCAGAAACACAUUUUUAAUGCCAGCAGUUCGUAUACUCUUAGUUGGGUAAACACUCGGUGGAAACAUUGACGCCUGCUAAGACAAAGAGUUGUGUGACAAAUAAGUAAUGUCAGUCUGAUUCAGUCAGAAUGCUGUGGUUGUGAGGAAGUGGUAUUUCUGCCUAAAAUACGUAGGCACCCUGUAAAUUUGUGGGCUUAUUUGCAGAGUGAAUCCAUAAAUUAAAGAAUGCAAAUCUAUUAACAGAGACUUGCCUAAAGCUGCAUUUCACUGUUCCUUAAAUUGUGAGUCUGUAAGCAAACCAGACAGAUAUGGGCACAAGGUUUUCAGAAUUCAAGUGUCUGGCUUUAUACACAGCAGGCAUUGUCAUUGGUGUUCAUUUUGGAUCAUGUCAAAAAAUUCCAUUUCAUAGCCUUCAGAUUUGUGUGAUCAGGUUAGGCUAAUCUCAGUUCCUGCUGCUUUAAGUAAUGUAACUUUGAAUGAUGAAUGGUUUAACUAAGAUUUCAUACAAAAAUGAGAUGUAAUUUGUCAAAUUAGCUAAAGUA